AAUCUUGACAUGCACUUCUUCUUCCCAUGUUGAGUCCGCAUAAUCCUUCGCCAGUGCCUUAGCCAUGGUAUAUAGUCAACAAUCAUGGAUACGCCAAAUUCUGCAGCGUCGACGCUCACCGGCCACCGAAUAAACGUCACCUUAUUCUCAGCCGUGGCAGCUGCUUCGAUAGGCUACUUCCUCUACCGCGCUGUCGUCGCCCCUCCACUUCCCCAGCCGGGACCCGGCCAAAACCUGCAUAGGAGCAAUGCUGUCCGUCGCCGGAGAAGGUCCCAUCACGAGCCCCAACUUGGGCGCCGGCCCUCAGAUGCCUCCACAGUCAGCUCGCACGAGUCGCACGGAGACGAGAAUGUCGACCAUAACCUGGUUCCCCCGCUGACGGACGCCGAAACGAUUGCCGAGGAGCAUACAAUGGAUGACGAGUGGUGGAACGACCCGUCUAGCAUGCCGCAGCAGCGGGCUGGCCAGAACAUCGUCGGCCUGCUGUUCCGCGUCUCUGAGGACAACGCCCGGCGCAAUGCCUACGUCCACAGGGGCUGCGCCUGUAAUGUGUGCGGCAUCGUCCCCAUCCGCGGGAUCCGGUACCGCUGUGCGAACUGCGCCGAUUUCGACCUCUGCGAGACCUGCGAGACCCAGGGCUUGCACAUCAAAACACACAUAUUUUACAAGGUCAAGAUCCCCGCGCCGCCGUUUGGGCCGAGACAGAUGCAGCCUGUGUGGUAUCCCGGCGACCCGGAAACCUGCUUGAGGAAUCUACCGAAAGAGGUCAUGGUGAAACUGUCAAAGGAGACUGGCUUCGAGCGGCCCGAGCUGGAGGCGUUCUGGGAACAAUGGACCUUCAUGGCGAACACCGAAUGGAGGGAAGACCCUGCGGAUCUGGGACUCGCGAUGGAUCGAAAGACGUUUGAGCGCUGUCUAGUACCCUCAGGAGGUUACAGGCACACGGCUCCGAAUCUUAUCCACGACCGCAUGUUCUCCUUUUAUGACACCAACAACGACGAUCUCAUUGGCUUCACCGAGUUCUUGCACGGCUUGUCGUACCGGAAAAGGAAGGAUAAACUGAGGAAAAUAUUCGAUGGUUACGAUAUCGACCGAGACGGGCUUGUCAACCGUAGGGAUUUCCUGCGUGUCUUCCGUGCAUAUUACGUGCUGUACAAACAGAUGCAUAAGGACAUCCUCGAGGGCUUGGAUGACCAGGUUAUGAGCUCCACCGAAGCCCACCAGCUCGUGUCAGGCCGGCAGCCGAUUAGCAGCCUUUUUGGUCGAGAAGGAAGGGUCCCUCGACCCGAAGGGCCCUGGUUCGUGGAGGGAAAGGCGUUCCUCAGCAAUGGCGAAGAUGUAGUCACGGAUGGCAAGAUCGGUGUUGUCAACGAAGACAAGCCAGACACAGCCGAUCGAGAAACCAUCUUGAAGAGCCUUUUCACCGUCGGUUUUGGUGACUUCUUCCUUGACAGCCCAUUCUCGCCUGCCCCUGAGAAUCCUCGAUCCCCCGAGGGGGAUUCCGACUCCCGGUACUGGAGAGCGCUGCUAAACCCUCCGACAAGGGUCGACGAGCUUCCCCCACUCAUCUCUGGCGAACUUCGAGACGGAGAUGAACUCUUUACGUCGAACAGGAACGAGGCGCAUCUCGACGCCGCGGGGUCUGGUAGGGAUGAAGGCGGCAGCUCAGACACCGAGAACCCGGCAGGUCAAACUGAGAAUGUCGAUCCUGCAAACCAAACCGCGCCAGAGGAUGAGGAGAAUGAAGUUGCAGGUGACGAGGCCCCUAUUGCCGAUGCUCCAAGGAGAAGAGACGCGGGCGAGGCGUCCGCCAGGAGAUUGUCAGCUGAAAUACAAUCCCGGUCACAUCUGCAUAUUGUAGCGCACAGCCACAGGGCGGCUUUAAAUAAGCGGGCAAAGGUCAAUGCGCGAAGGAAACUGCUUGAGAGGUGGAAGAGGCGUCAAUUCUAUCUGGACGAGGAGGAGGGAGCGGCCGCACCCGAGGGUUGGGAUGGGGAAGACGACAUCUUGGCCCAGACUAACGGCGUUGCUGAGAGCUCAAAGGCGGCCCAACAUGCGCCAAUAUCUCCUCGAUCCCGGUCAUCCUCGAAGGUUAGGUUUGCUGAGGAGCCUGAUGAUUACGAGAUCCGCUCGAAUCCUUCGACCUCCUCCAGAAGCGUUCCCGAGCGGUGGGGUGGGAUGGAUAUUCCCGACGCAGAACGGGAUGCUGGCAAGGAAAUCCUUUACCAAGUCACACAGCAGGCGUUCAACGAGCUCCUCGAUAUCCUCUUCAAGGCCAAAGAAGAUCUCGCAAUUGAGGCCGCCGAGACCAAGGCGCUUCGCGAGGAGCACAGGUCCUUGUUUGAGUCGAUCAAUCUGGAUGAGGAGGACGAGAAGGCCGCGUCCUCGCCCACACAUACAGACUUCAUCAUCGAUGAAUUCAAACCUACGGAGGACGUGCCCCUUGACGAACUGCUCGCAGCUAGUGGCUACACAGUUGAUGAAUCCUUCCAGGGGCAGACAUCAGGAGAAGCGAAUGAUGCAGUCCUGGAAGCCAUCGACGAUAUGGCGGGAGGCAGUGAAAUGAAGGAUGCCGAUGACGGACCGCGAAUGGAACGGGAGACGACAGAGCCGUCAUCCAACGGUGACGCCGAAUACCGCGAUCCCACCAUGCCACAGUUCAGACCAAACUCUGCAUCCGGAAUUUCAUCCGCGCCCCCUCACCGGUCAGAGUCUAGUCACUCGGAAGGAAUUACCACCCUUGCCGCCUCGGCAGAUGAGAAUAGGAAGGCGGCCUCCGUAGACAAAGGGAAGUCCACGAGGCCGAAGAGAACCUCCUCCCUCAAGGCGAAGAAGAAGAAGGAAGACGGCGGGAUACCCGUCCCGAUACCGCGCUCCACACUUGUGCGAUGGAAACGUCUUGAUACGGCAGAGAAGGAGGCCAGGGAUCGGGGCGGCUGGGGAUUGCUAAAUUACGAGGAAUUUGAGCGAAUCUACAAGGCAGAGGAUAUCCAGGACAAUCGACUGGAUUAUCUAGGCAGCUGGAUAGAUUUCUGUAUCCCCUAGCAAGGGGUUCCAGCCACAAAGUUGGUCAAGCCGCAGUUGUGUGUGGCGCAGUUGGGCGAGAACAGGCGCGCCAGUACCGCCCCUUUCUGCCCUUCUGGCAUGAGUGGUGUGUACGCAAGGAACUGUUAGAUACGUUCGGAUAUACUAUGUAUGUACUCGUAGUAGCCUACCUAACGUUGUAGUACUACUAAGCGCUUGACAGGGCGCUAGUAUUGUACACUAGGAAGAAUUGAACUUCUGUCCAGAGCGAUGAUUAUUCAACAAACGACGACAUCCAGUUGCCUUGGAGCUGAAUGCUGCUUGACCCCGCAAAGGGGCUAUUAGGGGUCCGUGCUUUUCAGGCUCCCACUCUGGUAGCAUCACGUGCCGUGCCAAGACAAAUUUAUUCAUACUGUGGUAGACGACAUCCAGCCGCAACAGA